AUGGCUUAUAGGGCAAAAGUCAUUGCUUUAGACCAUGUUGAUGGGUCUUUCAAAGAGCAAUAUAAAAGGACCUAUGAUUAUGCAAAUGAGGUCCUAACUCGUAAUCUUGGAUCCACAGUUCAGGUUAAAGUUGAACCAAAUGAGGAUGAACCUAUAUUCAAGAGGUUGUAUGUUUUUUUGAAGGCCUGCAAGGACAAUUUCGUGUCCUGCAGGCCUAUUAUAGGGCUAAAUGGUGCAUUUUUGAAAGGUAAAUAUGGUGAGGAAUUGUUGAUUAUUGUUGGAAGAGAUGCAAACGAUCAAAUGCUUGCAUAUUCCAUUAUGGAAGUAGAGAACAAGGCCACGUGGAAAUGGUUUAUGGAACUUCUGGUUGAAGAUCUUGGUGGGGAGCCAAUAUGUGCAUCAUGUACAUUCAUAUCAGAUCAACAAAAGACACCUAUACGCCAAUUUCAAAAGAAAAAAAAAAUCCCAGGAAAGCAGCUCAAGAGGUUGAUGUGGAAGGCAACUACAACAACUCAUCCACAAACAUGGGAAAAGGAAAUGACAAAUAUCAAAGAGCUCAACAUUGAAGCUUUUAAAUAUCUAAUUAAAAUACCUCUCAGAUACAAGUCCAGAUCAAGGUUUACCACCACAUCUAAAUGUGAUACAUUAGUAAACAACAUGUCAGAGGCAUUCAAUAGUGUUAUGGUGCAUACAAGGUCUAAGCUAAUUAUAAGCAUGAUGGAGGAGACUCAGUUUUACAUCAUGAAGAGAUGGGCAAGUAACAGAACAAAAAGUCAAUCAUUGUCUAGGAUCAUUUGUCCUAAAAUCAAGACUAGACUUAAUAAGGAGUCCCACUUAACUAAGUUCAAGAUUCCUAGUUGGUCAGCAGAGAAGUUGCUUGAAGUUCGUCAUGCCUCCCAAGUUGGGGAGAAGCUUGUAGUUGAUCUCGACAAAUAUGAAUGCACUUGUAGAAAAUGGGCUAUCUCAGGCAUUCCAUGUUGCCAUGCGUUGACUGUUAUGAAGUUUCUCAAUUUAGAUGUAGAGGACUUCAUACCUUGUUGGUUUAGGAAGGCAACAUAUCAAGAGACAUACUCUUCAAUUGUUUAUCUAAUAAAUGGAAAAAACAUGUGGGACAUUACACCAUACAAUGAUAUCUUCCCUCCAAGAAAGAGAGCAUUGCCAGGCAUACCAAAGAAGAAAAGGAGGUUAGAAGAAUGGGAGUUUAUCAGGGAUGAUAUAAGAAUGAGGAAGGGUGGUCUACAUAAAAGAUGUGGCAUUUGUAGGCAAAUGGGUCACAAUAGGACUUCUUGCUAG